UUCCGCUAUAAGUUUCUGUUCUACACUGACCUUGUCACUCAUUUAUCUCUCCCGCUAGCAUCCUGACUACUCUCACGUUCCCAUUCCCUUAUUUCUCUCCCGAAAUGGACGGCCCCACUGCAUUCAGCGGCCACUCUCUCCCGCUUCCUCACUGGCUCCUACUUUCUCUCCUCUACUUGAAAAUAUGCCGACCGAUGGAAACGCGAUUUCGGCUGUAUACCCUAUGCAUUCCUCUAUGUCUUCCAAACUCUAUGCCACUCUAUGCCACUCUAUGCCACCCUAUGCCACCCUAUGCCACCCUAUGCCACCCUAUGCCACUCUCUUUACUCCUUCCAAAUAUGCCGAACGACCAAAUGGGUUUUCGGCUGUAUCCUAUGUGUUUCUCUCCCUAAAUAUCGCUGCCGGCUGUAUGUUUCCCUUUCCUUAAAUAUGCCGACCAA